UCCCACUUAUUUUUUGUCAUUUGCUAAAGUGGCCUGAUUUUUCAAUCGUUUCUGGUGUCUGUACAUUUCUUCAAUUUAACAGGACAAUUUAUAUUGGGCUUUGUUUACCAGCUACGUACAAGCACUGAUACGUGAAGCGGAGCAUCCAGUUGAGUUUUUCGUGGAAGGCACGCGGAGUAGGUCGGGCAAGAGUUUGUAUCCGAAAUGCGGUCUUUUGCAAAUGUGCCUUGAGCCAUUCUUACGAUGUCAAAUAUAUGAUCUGAUCAAAAUCCAUCUGUGUAUUUUUGAUCUGAACUUCCGAGCGAUACUUCCCCACAACAAGCCACUUGGGACUGUGAUUUUGGAGCUUUCGACGUCACUAAACCGUAUGCUGGGGGUUGUUUGCAUCAUGAACAGGAAACGCUUCGGUAACAUUUAUGUUAAUUUUGGUCAUCCGAUCUCUAUACGAAAAUAUUUCGAAGGAAGAAUAGAACGAUUGCGCACUCCAUGGCAGGUACCCAACCACAGGUUAUCAGAGGGAGAAAAGCAAGCAGUCCGUGAAUUUGCAUUCCAUGUAAUACGUGUGCAUAAUGCGAAUAGCACGAUAACCGUUUGGCCAUACGCGUGCUUGGUUUUGUUGCAGGUACCCAACCACAGGUUAUCAGAGGGAGAAAAGCAAGCAGUCCGUGAAUUUGCAUUCCAUGUAAUACGUGUGCAUAAUGCGAAUAGCACGAUAACCGUUUGGCCGUACGCGUGCUUGGUUUUGUUGCAGAUGACAAGUGCAGAAGACGGAAGGCGGACAAUGAAGUUUGAGGAGCUGCAAACUAAAUUGGAGGAUUUCAUUCACUUGGCUCUCAAAUUAGGAUGCAAAAUUAUGAUCAAGAAGAGUGUUGCUGGCGAUUUACGAAAUAACAUUUGCAGGCAACAUUUGCAGUUACAUUCCGAAUUAUUCGUAGGUCUAAGUGGUCACCUCGCGAACGAUUCUGUUGUGGAACUCAGGCGAUUUUCAUGUCUGAGCAGUGUUGGAGCAAUAAAAUACUACAUGGAAGAAUCGCUAUGCUUGGUGGUUCUUUCUCAGUAUGCUAACCAGGUGGGCUGUUUGUUUAAAAGAUUUAAUCCGAUGACUCAUCUGAAAGUGAGCAGGAAGUUGUCUUCUUCAACGGCCGAAGAGUCGGAAAUGUUUCACGCGAAUUCCAUGGGGAAGCUGCUAGUGCUGUUUAAUCACGAAUUUGUGAUUUUUUCAACGGAGGAAGAAAUUAGUGAAUUGGCCAGUCAAUCUUUCAAUCGCUUUUUUUAUAUGGGCCUUUUCGUAAAAAUUUUUCCAAAUCGAGGCAUCCCUUUACAGCUGUUUAUCAUCAAAUAUCAAUGCGUGAUGCAGUCGCUGAUGGAACUGAAGGAAGAUCAGUUUACGGAAAAAAUGCUUUUCGACCAUUCGCUGCAGUUUGCGGUUAAUUUGCACUCAGUACAUGCGCAACAGCCGAUUUGCAUCACGUCGGAUCUAGUUCGAAAUGCAUUGCUGGCAUUAUGUAGUUUAAGCGCUGUUACGAAACAUGAUGGAAAACAAUACAUGGUUAGGAAUGACGCAUUUGAUUUGCGGAAGUGGAUACACCUUCUGGAUCGAGUCAGCUCAUGUCAACUUCCUAUUGAUAGUGCUGUUUUUGUGUCAAAGAUUUAA